ACAGCAGAGCUAAUCAAACUUAGUUGCGAUGUUGAUUUAAAAAUACCGGAUUCAAUUGAUUCAACGACCUUUGUAUCGUUACGUAAUUUGUAGCAAAAUAACAAAUUUCAUGUGGUUUUCUUCUCGGUUUUAUUUAUGCUUCACAUGACUCGAGCAGUGCAUCAGAUGAUUCAAAUUGAAGGCAACAUAUGUCAGUUUACUCCUUGUCACAACCAGAUGAAUACAGCUCGUUUUAAGUUUCUUCACCUUGAAAGAGAACCUUCGCGAUCGCUUUCUACUUCGUCUGUUUGUUGUGUGCAAGGUAUAUUAUUUCAACAGUAUCACAGCUGACACUAUAACUAUUCAUAGAAUUAUCUGUUCUGUGCAGUUUUGUACUCUAUCUACUGACGUUCCCGGAAACUACACUCAUUAUCUAACUCGAGUCCUAAGAUCAACGAAAUUUUAACUGUCGAUUUUCAUGUUUACAGUCUCGUAGUACUCGAAAUUUAGAAUUGAAAUCAAAUGAACUAGUAGAGAACGAGUUAAAAGGUCCAGUUUCCCGAAGAAAAAUCAACGAACGAGCCUCGCUCUACGCCUCCGGGAUCGCCUUCAACUCGUCCAUUUACGGCGGCAGAGCGGCGCGAUUACGCGAUCGCCCGGUGAAAGGACAAACAGCGGUGACGAGUAUACUCCGCGGCUGGGGAAUCGGCAGAGGCCGUGUUUCUUCCUCUCUCGCUGGGAUGUGUGUUCAGUUGUCGAUGCCGGUCUCGUGUGGACGCGUCAUUUCUUUAUCGAUGUGCGAAAUCGAUAACCGGCUCAAGAAGAUUGCGAUCACUGAGUCGCUGUGUAUUCAGUUCUGAGCGGUUGUGGUGAUAGUGAGCAAGUACUCGAGCGAGAAUCCGGUGAAUUAAAAAAAUAAAAAAAAACGAUCGAUCGCGUGCAUUCAAAAUUAAAAAAUAAAUUAGAUACUUGUAUAUUCGCUACUACGUUGAUUGUGCGAGCUAAUCUCAUUCAUGAGUAGGACUUUUAAUACUAUGUUAACUAAAUUAUUCGCUAUCUCCGUAACAUCGCAUUAAAGCAGGCUGUGAAACGGCAGCGCUAAUAAAUGUAAACCAUAAAACCGAUGAAAUAGAGUUAUUACUGCAGUUGGUCGGUCUUACGGUCGUCAAUUAAGCAAAUGAAAUAUAGAGCCGAUGGCGCUGGCAGCACGGGUAGGGACAAUGUAAUUGCAGGCAAGCACCGAAGCGCGAGGUGCUGAAUUAAAAGGUGUAAAGUGCAUCAAGUGCAACGACAAUAAUCGCGCCCGAGGAAGACGACCAUUACGCCGGCAAACUGGAGUUGAUUGCGCGCGCAGGAGUGAGACAGAGAUGGAGGGAGAAAGGAGUUAUGACUGAUGCGUUGUAUAUCUGUUAACGAGCUACCUGAGGUUGUUGUGGCCGGUCACCGGCUACUGAAGAGUGCAUUAUGGCCUUUAGGAAUUUUAAAAUUUUUGCAAUCAGAUGUAGGAGCUGGUUCGCAAAUCAAAAAGCAGCUUGCAACAACAGCAGUAGGAUAACGAUGGCAGAAAGCAGUGAAAGAACCCCGCUGGUCGAGCGCUCGAUAAGCUUGACGACGAGGGUCGCCUAUGCUAUGGGCCACGUCUUCAAUGACCUGACCGCGGCCAUGUGGUUUUCAUACACAUUACUCUUUCUACAGCGGAUAGCGCUGCUCGAACCCCUCACAGCUGGAACUCUGCUUUUGUUAGGUCAGGUUAUUGACGCCUUAAUGACUCCAGUAUUCGGCGUCCUAGUCGAUCGUUACUCCAAAAAGAAAGUCUGGCACGUGGUGGGUUCGGUAAUGGUGACCGUCUCAUUCCCCGUGAUAUUCGGCAGUUUCGUGCGCAACCCUUACAGCGUCGGCACGAUGUUCGUCUACGUGCUCAGCAUCAUGGUCUUCCAGACCGGCUGGGCCGCUGUGCAAAUCUCCCACCUGUCCAUGAUACCGGCCCUCACUAACUCGCCCCUCGUCCGGGCCGAGCUCACCGCCAUAAGAUAUUCCGCUCAAGUCGGUGCAGCGGUGAUUGUCUUCAUCGUUACGUGGAUUGUACUGCCAAGCGGACGAUCGACCCGCCUGGGUCCCAUCGAUGCUUUCAAAUUUCGAAACAUCGUUGUAGUGCUGACGCUCUUUGGUGUGGUGUCAACGGUUCUCUUCCACGUGUUCUUGAACGCGCGUCUCUUGGAGGCCAUCAGGACACCCCCGAGACCUGCAACUGCCGGUAGUGUUGAAGCCAAUCGACCAAUUCCCAGCACAUCGACUAGUGCGGUUUCUGUAACGACUGAGACAACGGCACCAUCGACACCCGUCACCGGAUCCUAUCAGCGGAAGGGUUGGUUUUCCACGAGCCUAUUGGUCCGCGUGGCAUUGCUCUACGUAGCCAGUCGACUUUUCAUCACUCUGGCGACGGUUUACCUGCCGCUAUACAUCGAAGAGACAGGAAUCGGUGGUCGACAGGCGCUCGCUACUGUUCCCCUGGUCUCGUACACCGCCUCGUUCGUCGCGGCGUUGUUGCUGAAGUACAUCAACCGCUCGUGCGGUACCAAGGUGUGCUACCUGCUGGGCAGCUUGAUCGGCAUGGCGGCUGCCGGGGUGGUGAAGUUCGCCGGAAGCGGCGCCGCGGUCAUGUACUCGGCGGGCGUCUUGAUCGGGGCCGGAAGUUCAAUUACGAUGGUCACGGCGCUGAGCAUAACGGCGGAACUUAUCGGGACCAGGACCGAGAGCAGCGCGCUGGUUUACUCGAUCGUGACGUUCCUCGACAAAAUCGUCACCGGACUCGUCGUCAUCGUCAUCGAGAGAUGGAGAUGCCUGGAUAAGGAGCUCUGCCCCAAUUACAAUCGAGACACGCUGGCGGUGGUCUGCGCGUCGUCGAUGGCCCUCGGACUCGUCACUCUGUCACUGGUGUCGCGAUGCAUCUCCAAUUGACGGGCUAAUUCCUGCAGCUACUCUUGUGCGCAACUGACACGGCCGUGUGACGCGUGUACUACUCCGAAAGCGCAGCGGAGCCUGGCCAUCUGAUCAUCUGGCAUCAGACGAUACAUUAGAUGCAUAUUACAUUUAUGUCACGAUUUUUGCGCCGACGACCUUUCUGUGUAUUUGCCAGACUUGUCUCGUACACAUAUAUAGCUACUCGGUUACGAACGUUGUGAUACGACGAGUUUUAAGUAUCGGGAGAGUAGAAAUUUAAAGCCAGUUUUUUUUUCAAAUGGUAAGAUUGUAGUGAAUUGGAAAAACUACCAAAUAUCAGUUGUUUCAGAGACAUUUUAUAUUCGAGUUGAACGAAAUAAAACGAAAGUGUUUCAUAAAUAUAA